AUGGGCUUCGAUUUAUCCACUCAGGAGUUAAAGGUUGUAGUGACCGAUCUGAAUUUAAGUCAUAAUCAAACAUACUCUGUGAGCUUUGACAAGGAAUUUGCCGAAGUGUAUAAGAUAAAAAAUGGAGUGUUGAAAAGUGAUGAUGGAAAUGAGAUUUUCACCCCAAUUGAAAUUUGGAUAAAAUCAUUAGAUUUAAUAUUGGGUAAGAUGUGGGAAGAUGGAUUUCCAUUUAAUAAAGUAAGAGGAAUUAGUGGAUCAUGUCAACAACAUGGGACUGUUUUUUGGAGUAAAGAAUCGAAGACAAUUUUGAAAACAUUGGAUUGGAGAAGCAGUUUGUUUGAGCAGAUAAUUCCCAGGUGUUUUAUAUUUGAGAAUUGUUCUAAUUGGCAGGAUCAUAGCACAAAAAAGGAGCUAAUGUAUUUUGAGGAAAAAGCUGGAUCAAAAGAAAAAUUGGCUGAGGUUAGUGGAUCAAGAGCUCAUUAUAGAUUUAGUGGUCCCCAAAUACUUAAGAAAAUAAGAAAAUCAUACAAUGAAUAUGACAAAACAUAUCGUAUUACAUUGAUCUCCAAUUUUUUAUCCAGUUUAUUAAUAGGGGGGCUAAGUAGAAUUGACGAAAGUGAUGCGUGUGGAAUGAAUUUAUAUGAUAUUAAGAGUAAAAAAUGGUCAAGAGAAUUGCUUAAGAUAGCAUGUAACUCAGGGAACGAAAAAGAGAUAGAUAAAUUGAAGACUAAACUAGAUGAUGUGGAACAUAUUUCAUCUAAAAGUAUUGGAAACAUUAGCGAUUAUUAUGUCAAAAGAUAUGGGUUUAACAAUCAGUGUAAAAUUUAUUCAUUUACAGGAGAUAAUUUAGCCACUAUUAUGAGCUUGCCUUUAAAGAAGAAUGAUUUGUUGAUAAGUUUGGGGACAUCUACUACAGUAUUGAUUGUCACCAAGAAAUAUGUUCCCAGUAGUUUAUACCAUUUAUUCUUACAUCCAACUAAUAGGAAUUUGUAUAUGGGGAUGAUUUGCUAUUGCAAUGGGGCGUUACCUCGAAAUGAUAUUAAAGAUGAAAUUAAUUUAAAAUAUAGGGUUCGAGGCGAUAAGGAAAAAGAUGAAUGGUCUAUAUUUAACAGGAUUUUAGAUGGUAAUAAGUAUCAAGCAUUUAAGGAACAGAAAAUGGGCGUUUACUUUAAGUAUGGAGAGAUUAUACCUAACGCAUUGGCACAAAUUAAACGAGUGGAGUUUCAAAUAGGAAAAAAAGAAAAGACAAAAAGAGAAAAGACAAAAAGAAAAAUUCUAUUGAAGAACAUAGAAAAGUGGGAUGUGGAAUACGAUGUUAAAGGUGUUGUUGAAUCACAGGCAGUAAGCUGCCGAAUGAGAUCCAGGCCAAUGAUUGCAAAUGAAAAUGACAACAAGAGCGAAGAAACCAGCGAUUCUGCAAAAGAGAUGAAACCAAACAGAAUCUUUUAUGUUGGUGGUGGAAGCAACAAUCAAUCAAUUAUAAAUUGUUUUAGCAAGAUCUUGGCAAAUCAAAGUCCAGAUAACAAAGGAUUCUAUAAGAAUAGCGAAGCCAAUGGCUGUGCCCUUGGAGGAGCAUACAAAGCCAGCUGGUCUUACUUCAAUGAAGAACAAAUGCAGGAAGGAGGAUCAGAGGCAAAGAGUGGUAAUUACAUAGAGUUUGAGGACUAUUUGAACAGCAAGUUCAAUUGGAACACGUUGUUGGAGUUCGAAGUAGAAGACGAAUGGGAACAGUACCAACCUGGCGUUGAGGUAUUGGAGGAAACCCUAAAGGACUCUUCUCACUCAAAGAGCAAUAAUUCUAAAAGAUUUCUUCAAACUGUUCCAACUAUGAAUCACAAAAAGCCUGCUACUUACUUUUCCAGCGACUUUAAGUCUCAAAUAACCUCUGACUUGGCCAGAGAUGACAAUUCCAAUAUCGCCAAUGAGUUCAAUUCGCUUGCCGGCAGCAAAUGGGCAAAGCAUUCUCUACCUUUUUCAAGGUCCUUUGCUGAUCUCUUCAACAAGAAAAAUAACUCAAUCUUGAACAGAAAUUCUAAUAUACUGCAGAGCAAAUCCAGUUUGCUUACUAAUAUUAAUUUGAAUGGCAAAAGUCUUAAUAAACCCACUAAUCUCAACAACCCCAUUAAAAUCAAAACAGAUUUAAAUUCCACUCUUCCAAAUAAAUCUCCAGCACCCAUAUCUUUUUCUUCUUCCAACUCAACGACAAGUCCUACAGCUCCUUUACCUUCUAGAAGACGAAGAGUCUUGAAACCUCGUAAAGCUUUAAUAACUUUGACACCUAAUGCCGUAAACCAUUUGAAAAAUCUACUCAAUCAACCAACUCCCAAAUUGAUCAGAAUUGGUGUUCAAAAUAGAGGCUGCUCAGGCUUAACUUAUAACUUGACUUAUGUCGACAAACCUCAGAAAUUUGACGAGAUAAUUCAACAAGACGACGUCCAAGUUAUAAUAGAUUCAAAAGCUCUAUUCAGCAUAGUUGGUUCCGAAAUGGACUGGAUAGAUAAUAAAUUAUCGAGCAAAUUUGUUUUCAAAAAUCCAAACUCCAAGGGCACUUGUGGCUGUGGUGAGUCUUUCAUGGUAUAA